UCUAAACCAAACACUCAACCCCUUCCUCAAUAAUUCUUCUCCAUUUCCACUAUGCUUCUUCCUCUCCAUCUCCAACUCCUCCUCCUUUUCACCGCCGCUUCCUCCACCGCCGUCGCCAGCGACGACGCACGAUGCCUGCGUGGCGUGCGCGACGCUUUCUCCACCUCCUCCACCUCCCCUUUCUCAUGGAACUUCGCCAACCAAUCCGCCGGCUUCGUCUGCUCCUUCUCCGGCGUCACCUGCUGGAACGAUCAAGAGAACCGUGUCCUUACUCUCUCCCUCCCAUCCAUGUCCCUCUCCGGCUCCAUCCCUUCUGAUCUCCAGUACUGUUCCUCUCUCCAGAACCUUGAUCUAUCUGGGAACUCCAUCUCUGGACCUCUGCCAUCGUCUCUCUGUGACUGGCUUCCUUAUCUCGUCACGCUUGAUCUCUCUUCCAACUCCCUCUCCGGCCAGAUCCCUUCCGAGCUCUCCAACUGCCGUUUCCUCAACACGCUUCUUCUUUCUGAUAACCGCCUCUCCGGCCCGAUCCCUUUGUCUUUGUCCCGGCUUGAGCGGCUCAAGCGUCUCUCGCUAUCUGGUAAUCAGCUCUCGGGAACCAUCCCUUCCUCGCUCUCCCACUUCGAUUCUUCCUCGUUUGAUGGCAAUCCGUCUCUUUGUGGCCAUCCGCUGAGAUCCUGCGGCCGGUCGUUGACUCGCACUGGGCUUAUUAUCAUCAUCGCGUCCGGCGUCCUCGGCGCCGCCGCGUCGUUGCUUCUAGCGUACGCUGUUUGGCGGUGGUGCUUCUCGCCGUCGUCUUCACGGCUUAAGAGGCGCGCUGCUGCUGCUGGGGAGGACGGUAGGCUCUGGGCUGAUCGGCUGCGCGCGUCUCAGCACCGGCUUGCCCCUGUUUCGCUGUUCCAGAAGCCGAUCGUGAAGGUUAAGCUCGCGGAUCUGAUGUCGGCCACCAAUGACUUCCGCAACGAUCACAUCGUCGUCGCCGGGAGCUCGCGGACGGGGACUUCGUAUAAGGCUGUGCUCCGUGAUGGAUCCGCACUCACUGUGAAGCGCCUCAAUGGUUGCGUCCUCCCCGAGAAGCAGUUCCGCGCGGAAAUGAGCCGAUUAGGGCAGCUCCGGCACCCAAAUUUGGUGCCAUUGCUAGGGUUUUGCAUCGUCGAGGAGGAGCGGCUUCUUGUGUACAAGAACAUGCCUGGUGGUGCUCUCUCUACUCUUUUGCGCUCUGGCAAUGGGGAUCUAGAUUGGCCUACAAGGCUCAAGAUCGGAAUUGGCACUGCCCGUGGCCUUGCUUGGCUUCACCAUGGCUUCGAGAUCCCUUAUCUUCACCAAAACCUUAGCUCCAGUGCAGUUCUCCUCGAUGAGGACUAUGAUCCUCGGCUCACUGACUUCUGUCUUGCAAGGCUUGUGAAGACCUCCACUAAUAGUAACAACAGCAACACCAACACUAACACAAGCCCUUUCAUGAAUGGGGAUUUUGGUGACUUUGGAUAUGUGGCACCUGAGUAUGCAACCACUCCAGUGGCGACGAUGAAGGGGGAUGUGUAUGCCUUUGGUGUGGUCUUACUGGAGCUGGCUACUGGGCAAAAGCCAACGGAGAUCAGUACUGAUGCUGCCGGGGAAGUGUUCAAAGGUAGUCUAGUGGAUUGGGUGAAUCAGCUGGCCAAUGCUGGCCAGAUUAAUGAUGCAAUUGAUCGGUCAAUUCGCGGAAAGGGCUAUGACGAUGAGAUCGUCCAGUGCUUGAUCAUUGCUUGCAGCUGCGUGGUUGCUCGGUUGACGGAGAGGCCUUCCAUGUAUAAGGUUUAUAAUUCAUUGAAAUCUGUUGGGAAGGGACGUGAAACCGAUGAGUUUGAUGAGUUCCCUCUCAAUUUUGGCAAGGAUGAUGCUGAAGCUUAGUUGUGGAUUGCUGAAAAGAAUAUGUAAAUCAGCCACGAAUGUGUGUCUGUACCUUCUGAUGAGGCAGAAUGAGCUUUCCAGGUAAUUUACUUUGAAGCCAUUCACUUGCAUUGCUCUUUAUCCAUGUGUACCAUUAAUACUGUUUUCUUGGAUAACAGCAUGUGUUGUAGUUUUUGGAAUUCCAUGGAUUGUUGUUGUAACUUAGUCAGCUAUGGGCAUGGGAUUUAUUCUAGAUGGUUGUUUGUUUGAUUCAUUUUAAGAAUCAAUAUCAACCAUGUUAUGAAUGAAAUCAAUUGUUCGUUAUGUGUUUAA